UCUGAAGAAGACCUUGGAAACGAGAUCGGGAUUAUCAAUGGCAUCCAUUAAUUGCUUUUGUUUUUCUUCCUGACUGUCUCUUGACAUGUUACGCAGGAAUUAAUGCUGUAGUUUUAGUGGUACAAGCGUUAUCUCUGUUGCUGUUGGGCGAUGUUGAUGUGAUGCUAUCAUAGAGGUGUCCGCAAUAUCAAGAAAUCCUCGCCUACUUGCAGUGCUUCAUGGAAACUCGUAACUGUAAGAAAUGGUUGCAUCUGGCUUCGUGUGAUUCACGAACGGCGGUGUGUGAAGGGGACAUUUGAACAAGAGUCGGUCCACUGCUGAAGUGAAGGUGACUCGCCUUGCAGUCGAAGCUAUGCGGAAAGGAGUCGCGAGCACUCAUCCGGCACUCUUGCGCGCUAAAGGUUGUCUGCGAAAUUAUCUGUUUCACCAGUAGAUUCCGAUUUGAGGUACGCGAUUGCUGUUGGUGUCGCUGCUUCUUCAGAUACAAGCGAAAAGCAAAAAAUAAACGUAGCUAAAACAAACAUAAAGGAUAAGAAAUAAACGCCAUUCUACAUCAGUUGAGGUUUUGUCAGUGGAUGUGUAUGCAUGAGUUCUGCACCGAAUGGGCGCAAGAACCGCCCCAGAUCCGCCGGGAACAUUUUUCAAAUCGGCAAGCCUCCUCCCCGGGACACGGAACGCAGAGAGAGUACGGAGAGCAGCCGAAAAGCCCAGCGUGCCGUAGGGGACUGCAGAAUGAUUGUCCAGGAGUUCAAUACACUUGUGGCCCUGUAUCGUGAACUGGUCAUUUCUAUUGGGGAGAUAUCGGUCGACUGCCCUUCCCUGCGGGUGGAAAUGCACAAGACACGAACCAAAGGAUGCGACAUGGCUCGAACCGCACACCAGAGUCUCUCCGUAAUAUCGGGCCCUGAGGAUGGGGAGAUCCACCCGGAGAUCUGUAGGCUCUUCAUCCAACUGCAGUGCUGCCUGGAGAUGUACAUCACGGAGAUGCUGAAGUCCGUCUGCCUGCUGGGCUCCCUGCAGCUGCACAGGAAAGGGAAGGACUCAAACCCAGCUCCCAGGAUCGACUGCAAGGUGGACGAGAGCUCGGACAUCCCCAUCCUAGAGGACACCUCGUCCUCGCCCAUCGACUGUCCUCAGUACAGCUGGCUUGUGUCUACAGACAUCGAGAACACGGAGCGAGACAUGAGGGAGAUGAAGAACCUUCUUAGCAAACUCAGGGAGACCAUGCCUUUACCACUGAAAAAUCAAGAUGACAGCAGUCUGCUGAAUCUGACUCCCUACCCCCUGGUCCGACAGAGGAAGAGGCGCUUCUUUGGGCUCUGCUGUCUGGUGUCCAGCUAAGAUCCUGUCCAGGGGGCACCACAUCUGUGUUACCCAUAAUUCCCCACCCAUUGGUGUCUCCCGCCACAUUACAAAAGAGUAAUAUCUGUCAACAUAUGGUAAAAGGUCAAAUUCGAAAACAUAAGGGAAAUGUUUUUAAUGCAUGUCAAUGUAUGGCCUAUAUUAAAAAAA